AACGUGGUCCAAAACCAUUCCUGGCAAGGUUGAAUUCUUCUCGAGCGAGGGUUCGGACACUUCUAUUCCCAUCCCCAUCGUGCCGCUUCCCGGUGUAGACGACUCUUACCCACCCCAGAAGAAAUCUUUCAUGAUGCUCAAAUACAUGCAUGACCACUACUUGGACAAAUACGAAUGGUUUAUGAGAGCCGAUGACGACGUUUACAUCAAAGGGGACAAACUGGAGAACUUCCUGCGGAGUUUGAACAGCAGCGAGCCCCUCUUUCUUGGGCAGACUGGCCUCGGCACCACGGAGGAGAUGGGGAAGCUGGCGCUGGAACCGGGCGAGAACUUCUGCAUGGGGGGACCAGGAGUGAUCAUGAGCCGGGAAGUUCUGCGGCGGAUGGUGCCCCACAUCGGCGAGUGCCUGCGAGAGAUGUACACCACCCACGAGGACGUGGAAGUGGGAAGAUGCGUCCGGAGGUUUGCGGGAGUGCAGUGUGUGUGGUCCUACGAGAUGCAGCAGCUGUUUUAUGAGAACUAUGAGCAGAACAAAAAAGGCUACAUCCGAGACCUGAGGAACAGCAAAAUACACAGAGCUAUAACGCUGCACCCCAAUAAGAACCCCCCGUACCAGUACAGGCUCCACAGCUACAUGUUGAGCCGCAAGAUAGCAGAGCUGCGCCACCGGACCGUCCAGCUGCACCGGGAGAUCGUCCUGAUGAGCAAAUACAGCAAUACCGAAAUCCACAAGGAUGACCUGCAGCUGGGGAUGCCGCCCUCCUUCAUGCGAUUCCAGCCCCGCCACCGGGAAGAAAUCUUGGAGUGGGAGUUUCUUACAGGAAAGUAUUUGUAUUCGGGUGCCGACGGGCAGCCCCCUCGGAGAGGAAUGGACUCUUCUCAGCGUGAAGCGUUGGAUGACAUUGUUAUGCAGGUGAUGGAGAUGAUCAACGCCAACGCGAAGACCCGGGGGAGGAUCAUAGAUUUCAAGGAGAUACAGUAUGGCUAUCGCAGAGUCAAUCCGAUGUACGGAGCUGAGUAUGUUCUUGACUUGCUGCUCCUGUACAAGAAGCACAAGGGGAAGAAGAUGACCGUCCCCGUCCGGAGGCACGCGUACUUGCAGCAGACCUUCAGCAAGAUCCAGUUCAUGGAACACGAAGAGAUGGACGCCAAAGAGCUGGCCAGCAAAAUCAACCAGGAUUCUGGGUCCUUGUCCUUCCUCUCCAACUCGCUGAAGAUGUUUGUUCCCUUCCAGCUCAGCCGAUCGAAAGUAGAGCGGAAGGAACUCAAAGACAAGAAGAUCAACAUCCUGAUUCCUCUCUCCGGACGCUUUGACAUGUUUGCGAGGUUCAUGGGGAAUUUUGAGAAGACGUGCCUCAUUCCAAACCAGAACGUCAAGCUGGUGGUCCUGCUUUUCAAUUCCAACUCCAACCCUGACAAAGCGAAGCAGAUCGAGCUGAUGAGAGAUUACCGCUCCAGAUACCCCAAGGCCGACAUGCAGGUUUUACCGGUCUCGGGGGAGUUCUCGAGGGCGCUGGCUCUGGAAGUUGGAUCCUCCCAGUUCCAGAACGAGUCGCUACUUUUCUUCUGCGACGUUGACUUAGUGCUUACCACGGAAUUCCUCCAGCGCUGUAGAGCCAACACGGUUUUGGGUCAACAAGUAUACUUUCCCAUCAUUUUUAGCCAGUAUGAUCCAAAGAUUGUUUAUAGUGGAAAAGUUCCCAGUGACAAUCAUUUUGCCUUCACCCAGAAAACAGGUUUCUGGAGGAACUACGGCUUUGGCAUUACCUGUAUUUACAAAGGUGAUCUUAUUCGAGCAGGUGGCUUCGAUGUCUCCAUCCAGGGCUGGGGCCUUGAAGACGUAGACCUGUUCAACAAAGUCAUUCAAGCUGGCUUAAAAACUUUCCGAAGCCAAGAAAUUGGAGUGGUCCAUGUGCAUCACCCUGUUUUUUGUGACCCUAAUCUUGAUCCAAAACAGUACAAAAUGUGCUUGGGGUCCAAAGCUUCGACCUAUGGGUCCACGCAACAGCUGGCUGAAAUAUGGUUUGAAAAAAAUGACCCAAAUUUUGGGAAAAGCAGCAAUACUAAUGGCUCGGUGAGGACAGCCUAAUGUCCAGCUAUGCUGGAAAAGACUUUUUUUUAAUUAUCUAAUUUAUUUUUGGGAAAAAAAUGGUUUUUGAUAAUUCGCUUUUAAGAGACCACACAGGAUAUAUUUUAGA